CACAAACUAAUAUCAUAGAUAUUAACACAUAUACACACACACACAAAUACAAAAAAACAUACAAUGUCUGAAGUUACUUUAGGUAGAUAUCUUUUUGAGAGAUUACAUCAAUUAGAAGUCAACACCAUUUUCGGGUUACCAGGUGAUUUCAAUUUAUCCCUUUUGGAUAAGAUUUAUGAAGUUGAAAAUAUGAAAUGGGCAGGUAAUGCCAAUGAAUUGAAUGCCGCUUAUGCCGCCGAUGGUUAUUCAAGAAUUAAGAGAUUGGCUUGUUUAGUCACCACUUUUGGUGUUGGUGAAUUAUCCGCUCUUAACGGUGUCGGUGGUGCUUAUGCUGAACAUGUUGGUUUAUUACAUGUCGUUGGUGUUCCAUCAAUUGCUUCUCAAGCCAAACAAUUAUUAUUGCACCACACUUUAGGUAAUGGUGAUUUUACUGUUUUCCACAGAAUGUCAAACAACAUUUCUCAAACUACUGCUUUCAUCAGUGACAUCCACAGUGCUCCAAGUGAAAUUGAUAGAUGUAUUAGAGACGCUUAUGUUUAUCAACGUCCUGUUUAUGUUGGGUUACCAGCUAACUUGGUUGACUUGAAGGUUCCAGCUUCCUUAUUAGACACCCCAAUUGACUUAACCUUGAAACCAAACGAUCCAGAAGCUCAAGACGAAGUUAUUGAAACCGUCAAGCAAUUGAUUUCUCAAGCUGCCAACCCAAUCAUCUUGGUUGAUGCAUGUGCUUCCAGACAUGACUGUAAGCUUGAAGUUGAACAAUUGGUUGACGCUACUCAAUUCCCAGUCUUCACUACUCCAAUGGGUAAGUCCGGUGUUAAUGAAGCCCACCCAAGAUUCGGGGGUGUUUAUGUUGGUACUUUAUCCCACCCAGAAGUUAAGGCUGCUGUUGAAAGUGCUGAUUUAGUCUUGUCUGUCGGUGCCCUUUUAUCUGAUUUCAACACCGGUUCCUUCUCCUAUUCUUACAAGACCAAGAACAUUGUUGAAUUUCAUUCUGAUUAUACCAAGAUUAGACAAGCUACUUUCCCAGGUGUUCAAAUGAAGGAAGCCUUACAAAGUUUGUUAAAGACUGUCAAGCAAGCCGUCAACCCAUCUUACGUUGCAUUGCCAGUUCCUAGUGUUAAAUUGAUUGCUUCUCCAGCUCCACCAGCUACCCCAUUAACUCAAGAAUACUUGUGGACCAAGGUUUCUUCUUGGUUCAGAGAUGGUGAUAUCAUUGUCACUGAAACCGGUACUUCUGCUUUCGGUAUUGUUCAAUCUAGAUUCCCAAGCAACACUGUUGGUAUUUCCCAAGUGUUGUGGGGGUCUAUUGGUUUCACCGUCGGUGCUUGUGUAGGUGCUGCUAUGGCUGCUCAAGAACUUGAUCCAAACAGAAGAGUUAUUUUAUUUGUUGGUGAUGGGUCUUUGCAAUUAACCGUUCAAGAAAUUUCUACCUUGUGUAAGUGGGAAUGUAACAACACUUACUUGUUUGUAUUGAACAACGAUGGUUACACCAUUGAAAGAUUGAUUCACGGUGAAACUGCUAGUUAUAAUGAUAUCCAACCAUGGAACAACUUGCAAUUAUUACCAUUAUUCAACGCUAAGGAAUAUGAAACUUUGAGAAUUAGUACAGUUGGUGAAUUGAACAAGUUAUUUAAUGAUAAGGCCUUUGCCACCCCAGACAAGCUUCGUAUGGUUGAAGUUAUGUUACCAAGAAUGGAUGCUCCUGCUAAUUUGGUUGCUCAAGCCAAGAUUUCUGAAGCUACUAAUGCUGCUCAAGAUUGAUUUUUCACUUCUCUUAAAUAGAACAUUUUAGAAUCUUAAUAACAAAAAUUUUUGAAUUAGUUAAAAACCUUACAAUGGAAUUACUGUACAAAUAUAAAUUAUUCUAU